AUGCUAUGGAGAAGAUUAAUCAUAAACAACCCACAUAUCAACUCCUGGCUACUAGCAUCUAAUCACAAUGGUACUACCUUAGAUCCUCGAAAGAUCUCAACGCCCUUCAAAGGACCUCCUCUCCAACCUGAUGGCAGUCCACCAGCCAGCAAACACCCCAAGACAACCUUGGUCCUGGCCACACUUGCAUCAACCGAUAACUCCUGGGUCGAAGAGGAGCUCGGCGAUCUUCUAGGUGCAUACACGAAUCUCUACACUGCAAUAUAUGUCGUAGACGAUGAGAACGCUCCCUUACACACGCCAGCCAACAAUGGCCAUGAAGCAAUGGCCUACUUAACAUACCUAAUCGAAUUUUACGACAAUCUCCCGGAAAUUAGUAUCUUUAUGCAUGGCCAUCGAGAAGCUUGGCAUAACAACUUCCUCCUCGAGAUGUCUUCGUCAGAGACGAUCCGCCACUUCCAUAGGGACAAGGUGAUGAGAUAUGGCUACUUCAACCUUAGAUGCCAUUGGGCGCCUGGUUGUCAGCCUGGUUUCAAUCCUGCUGCGACUCAGUAUGACAAUGACAAGCCGGAGGAAAUGGUCAUCGCCGAGGCGUGGCAGACCCUCUUUCCUUCCGAUGAAGUACCGGAGACAUUGGCACAGCCUUGCUGUAGUCAAUUUGCUGUCACCCGGGAGGCGGUCCAUGCACCCUUGAAACAGCGGACGAGUGUUUGA